AUGGCUUCAAGAACGGCUACCCGACCACUGCAAUGUGUUAUAAAACGAGUACGACCUUCCUGCGAAUGUGCUAGCGUGCAAACCUCCUCCCUACGGCAAUUCUCAGCGUCCCGUUCCAGAGCAGAACAAUCAGAAGUCCAACGCCCACGAUGGUCCUACACCCCAGAAGAGAUGAAGGCGCCCUAUCCAUGGAAGUCGCCGGAUCCAAGCAAGGCGUUUCACUGCAACGAGGAUCCCGACAAGUUGGACAGAUUCUACAACAACUUCCUAGGACGAGGAGGAGAUACGAUGCUGUCAGACGAGGUCAAAUGGCUGGCAAUCACACACAAGAGCUUCGAUCAAGGGCGGAGAGGCUUCAAUGACCGGUUGGCAUUCUUUGGACGACGGAUCCUCACACUGCAGACGAAUUUGGCGCUUCUCAAUUCGCCCACCAUAGCUACGAGGAUGCACACAAACGAAAGCCCCUCGGAUGAUCGCACUCCAUUUUCUCAUCCUGCCUUAGAAGGCCUUGAAAACCUAUCGAGUGCGCCGGUAGGGGAGAUAUUGACCAAGGAGAAACUGUCCGCUUUGGCAACGCAAGUGGGGAUGCGGGAGGUCAUGAGAUGGCAACCAAGACUGGUACACAAACUCGAUCAUUCGGGCAUUGACGUGAUUCUUACUACCUGUUUGUACGCGAUAAUUGGCGCCAUAUCAUUGCACAGGGGCGGAGCAGUUGCAAAUGAAAUUGCAAGGGAGAAGAUUUUGAAGCCUCUGGGGGUUUCAUAG